AUGGAUCUGAUGCUUCAGGAUGUUGUCACGGGGAGGACACAUGAGUUCCGACAGUCGUUGAGGGCUCUUGGGGUGCGGGAUGAGGAUAUCUUUGAGACUGGGUGGAGUGAUAUUGAGCCCUUGAAGGAUUAUGGCGAGUUCCAGAAGAAGCUCCGGGAUCUGAUUCUGGGGUAUGAGCGCAAGUACCCAGGAGCAUCGCACAAGUGCAUAAGCGGAGAAUACGAUCGGGAUUCUGUUGGACGGAACCCGACUCACAGGGCCUGCUGGGACGUCGCCACGCAGCUCCUCCAAGAAUUCCCUCAAGGCUGGCCCGCCUCCCGUCAACUCUGGGACUUCCGGUUCUACAGGACAUAUACAUACUACAACCCUCCAUCCCACAGAUCCGCACAAUUCAUUCGCGCCCUACCCCAAUUCCUACCCUACAAGCAAAAGGCCCUGGACCAGUAUAAGCGGUGGGACCCUUCAAAGGGAGAACUGGCUUGGGGGUACCAUUCUGUCAAGGCCUUGAUUGAUGCGGCGUAUUAUGACCCACAUGUGUAUUUGGAUAUGUUGGAUAAUGAUCCUACUAAUCCGGAGAAUCUGAGGAGGGGUGAGACGGGUGGAGGUAGGGUGAAGUUCGAGGGGGAGUUCGAGGUUAGUGGCGGGGAGGAUGUGGACGUUGGAGAGGAGGAACAUGGGAUGUUCCCGGCAGUUUGGAGGUCCAGUCGGAAGAAGAAUACCAACAAGAUGUUGUUGGAGGUGGGUGAACAACAACAGCAGCAGGCGCAGGAUCAAGAACAGGAGAUAUAUAUGGAUGAUGGGUUGAUCGGAUUGCACCGCAAGGUCCCUGGCGCACAUCCUGGCCCCAGCAGCAGCUCAACAAGCGCGGUACCGCAUCUUGAGACGAACAAGGACAGCGCGGUAGAGUGGGAUGAGAAGGAAGCAGAUAUGAGGCUGCAGGUUCUCAAGGCCUUUGACGAUGCAGUCCAACGUCCAGAGGGCAAAGAGUACCACGACAGCAUUCGAGCCAUGGCAAGUUCUGGAAUCUGA